AUGCCAACUAGCCCAUUGAAUAAGAUGCUUGGGAAGGGACUGGAGAUGCUUGAGCAAGAUGAAUGGACUAAGCAUAGGAAAUUGAUCAAUCCAGCCUUCCAUGUCCAAAAACUCAAGAAUAUGGUGGGAUCAUUUCACAUGAGCUGCAGUAUUAUGCUGAGAAAAUGGGACGAAAUCCCAAGGAUCGAUGGCUCGAUGGAGUUGGACGUAUGGCCUUAUCUUCAGGCUAUGACGGCCGAUGUGGUUUCGCGCGCUGCUUUUAGAAUUAGCAAUGACAACGGAGAGAAGAUCGCCCGCCUCAAAAAACAGUACAUGCCGACGAAAGCAAACAGGAGGCUGAAGCAACUCACUGAAGAAAUCAAAUCGAUAUUUCGGAGCAUUAUCAGUAAAAGAACGGAAGAAGAAGCAAACAGAAGUGAAGAAGAUGGCAACAAGGAAGCCGGGAGACUUUUGUUCAAAAAACGCCACGCCAGAGAAACAGAGAAGGACUCAGACGACCAUGGGUACUGGGCGCCGGAGUUGGGCAUGAUCUUGCACGAGGUUCUGAGGCUGUACCCGCCGAUAGUGAUGCUGGCGCGUCAUACUGAUAAGGCUGACGCGUCAGGGAAGGUGACCAUACCGGCCGGGGUGCAACUGAUGCUUCCGGUGCUACUACUGCAUCACGAUGUUGAGACAUGGGGACCUGACGCGAAAGAGUUCAAUCCAGAGAGGUUUGCACAGGGCGUGUCGGGGGCGACAAAGGGCCAGCUCACCUACUUGCCAUUCAGGUGGGGGCCGAGGGGCUGCAUCGCGCAGAAUUUCGGGAAAACUCUCUCUGUCCACUAUUUAAAGAGUCAUUUUGCAAUUUUGGGUUGUCUACUAUUUAAAGAAUCUUUUUCUUUGUUCUACAAUUAA